AUGGAAUCCAAAGGAGACAGCAGUAAGGAUGUCGAGGCGUCCAAGGAAUACCGACCGUUCGAAGACUCCGAACCGAAGGUGCCGAGGGUCAUGUCCUUUGAGCAGGAGGGAGGAAAAGCUCCUCAAAUAGUGUUAAAUUCGGCCAGUUCGGGAUCUUCCAAUUCUUCCACUUCUUCCACCACCCCACUAUUCCCAUGUUACUCCGUAUUGACCAAACUGCAAAAGAAAGAACUUGUACAAUUCUGUUAUCUCUCCGCCGCCGCCAUUACGGGAGCACUCUUGCGCAUUAUGCUGGCGCAACUGUUUGGAGAAGAAUGCAAAAAUCCAGGAACGGUCGGAUGGUUGAAAGCAUCCAGUCCGCUCUGUGUCACGGCCGAUGGUCACGCCGAAUUGGUCGAAGGAGGCAUUGUCUUUGCCGAUUUGCCCGCCAAUUUGCUGGGAUGCUUUUUCAUGGGGUUCAUGCAAGAUGGCACCACACUGGGACUCGCCAUUCCGGUACCCGUGGCAUGGUUAUCCCCCCUCUCCGACUUUCAAUCCAUGACCUUGAUCCAUUUUGCCAUCAAAACGGGAUUCUGUGGGAGUCUCACCACGUUUAGUUCCUGGAAUUCCGAAAUGAUUGUACUCAUGUUUGGAUCGGGAUACAAUCGAAGUUCCCAGUUUAUGAAGGCCAUGUUUGGAUAUCUCAUUGGAAUGGAAACUGCAUUAGGAUCCUAUGUCUUUGGAACGACCGUGGCCAAAUGGUUGCAUCGACUCGUCAACCCAGCGCUGGCGGCCGAAGCCGAUGCCAUGAGAGAACGACAACGUGAAGGGGUCUUUAUCAAUCGAGAAUUACCCGAAACCGAACGACGCUUCUUGCACCGACUGGACUUUCAAUACGAUUCCGUCGUGGCGGGCAAUGAUUCCAUGGCAGCCUUGUUGCGAUGGAGAGAAUCCACCUCCAGUGCGCGUCGGGUCAAUCAUCCCUUGGUCGAUGCACUCUAUCAAAUUGAAAAGUGCGUCUUUUGCGAUCAUGUCGCUGUCCCUCCGGAUGCCGAGCUCGUGGCCAAACAGGAAGGAUGGGAUCUAGAGGCACUUCAUGAAUGGACACAUCGGGGAAGACUGGCACGGCUGCCCAGAACGUCGUCGGCGGGAUAUCUGCUCCCCUACGAACACAAUCAAUGGUACUCGGUGGCCGUUGCGGGCUUUUUUGUGGGAGGCAUUGUCCUCAUGCUCAUCCUUGGACUGAUUCAAGUCAAUGAGAAGGAGGACUAUCUCAUCACCUACCGGACCAUGGUAUAUUCCCUCCUCUUUGCUCCCUUUGGGGCAUUUCUUCGAUGGCAACUUUCCAGCCUGAACGGGUCCUUUGCCAUUUCCAGCGACAUGGCUUGGAUUCCAGCGGGAACCUUGGCUGCCAAUAUCCUGGGAAGCUUGGUUAGCGUUACCAUGACAGGCCUGGAAUUUCGAAACACGGAAUUUCAGGACUUUUGGGUGGUGGGGACGUUGCGAGCCGUCCGAGUUGGAUUCGCGGGGUGCUUGACCACAGUAUCCACCUUUGUAUCGGAGGUGCACAAAUUCUUUGAUCAACAAAAACAUGAUCGAGGAUACAUCUAUAUCCUGGUUACUCUGACUACCUGUUCCGUCUUGGCCAGCUUUAUCUAUGCAGGAAUCAGAUAUCUAUAG